AACAACGUACGUAAUUGGUCGUGUGACGGUGAUUCGUUGCGAAUUUCGGUGUUGUUUCUUUCGCGCGUGGUCACGCCGCAUGAAAACUGCAAAAAGGAUACCCUCGGCGAAGCGCUUCUUGAGACGAUACCGCUUCGCGAAGAACAAGACAGCGCCAUAGCAGGGGAGCCAUCUCGGCGUCCCGCUUUUCUUUCUCCACCAUUCGAAGGAAUUUAUCGAUCGAAGGCGGGCGCACAGAUUUUGCGUGCUUCCGUCGCUUACAAACUGCCUUAACGAGACCUUUCCGAAACGUCGGUCAGAAGUCCUGAAACAACGAACGACCCAGCAAUACUGCCCAAUCCAUAAAGAUAUUCACCACGAUCCUCCACCGUCGACCCCGGGGUGCAAUACAUCGGUUCUGGCGCGAUUGAACCGGCUUCUUCGGUGGGGUAGAAAUCCCGACGAAAAUCAACAUAUCAAACUAGGUGAACGAUCAACCCUUCGGUAACUGCCACAGCGAGCUGAUCGCGCCCGUAUGAUAGAGCGAUAGAGCUAGCAACCAAAAAAAAAAGUCAAGUAUAAAUAUAUAAAACAAAAGGAAAAACCACACGACUCAGCUGACGAGCGCACGUGAUCUAUCAGACGGACGCGGCGUCGUUUUGUGCCAUCGGAAGAUAGAGCUUCCCAUUCUAGCCCCGGGUUGAUCAUCAAUCACUGUUGGAUGGAUUGACGAGAGUGCUCCGUCGACGCACUCACGAGGGGUGAUAGAUUAGCAUUAGAAGAACGUGGGACGCGUCUUCUGCGGCGAUAGACAGAGUCCCAGCGAAAGGCCUUGCUUGCCGCACAUUUGAGGAACCCGGCGCGAGACUGGCUUCUGUUCUUCCACCCUACCAACAACGAAGGAACACAACGAACCUGUUACCAGGAGAGCGAGCGAUAGCGCGAGACGACUAACUUAACUAAUGCCCACGAGCGCUUUCUAGUGGGAGCAAAUAACAGCAGCACAAAACCAGACAACCAAAACCCGCAGCUACAAUGAAUUUACGAUAUCAGGAAACGUUUUGUAUCAUAUUUUUACUAUGCGCCAGUAUUACCCUCGGGGAAGACUUCGACUUUGUGCCGGAGACGAACGACGACGUCGAGCCAAUAUCAGCGGAACCGCUGAAAGUAGCUAGCUACAAUACAGAAACAGCUCACCUGGCGUGGAAGGUCCCCGUUCGAUGUUUGCCAACGGAGAGCACGAUUCAACUUUCCCUGAUUCUACGGUCCAAGAACUGGAAGCACGUCCAGGCGAGCCUGAAGCAACGCACAAUCAGUAAGCUGUCCGAAUAUUUUCUGGUACCCCAGGAGUCGUUCAUUGUUCGAGAUGCAAACAGCAACGACCUGCACCAGAUGGUGGAAAAGGCCCUCCAGCACGGCAAGAAACCCCCACGGUCGGGAAAAUCGCUCGGAUGCAUUGGAUUUACGGUCGGAUGCGGCGAUAAGAUGUCCACGAGCGCCAAGGAAAUGAUCGGAAAUUUGGACGCACAGCUGGUCGACCUUCGCGACCUCACCGGUAUGGACUUUGGAUGGUGGAUCAUCUGGAAGAAGCAGGGUGUGAUGAGUGCACGAAUUAGGCGUGCGGUGGAAGAGGUCGAAUAUGACUACAACUACGACGAUGAUGAAGCAUCGGAUGACGAUGAAGGUGAAACUACUGAGACUCCUCACGCACACCGACAUCAUCACGGUUCCAGCGAGUAUAGUACUAAGAGUGUGCACGGUUCGCCGAGCCACACGACCACCACUAACAAGCAUACUAACAAUGGCGAGCACGCGGAAAAGCACCACCAUCAGUCGUCCGGUCGUGGCGAGCUGGCUUCUGUCGUGUUGCCAACACCAGCCUCCACAACUCCAAUGCCAACGAAACGCAAACACAACCACGGUCUGUACGAUCAAGUGAAGGAACGAUCAGCGAAAAAGCAAGCCGCCGCACAUCACGAUCGGCUUCCGGUGACGGAUGUUCCCGAACAGGACGGACGCCAUUUUACGCCGCCAGAUUUGCGCGAAAGCGUCUCCCAGCUUGAGUCGACCAUCAGCAAGACGAUCGCAAACAACGAGCAGCUUAAAAAGGACGAAGAAACGCUGCUCGCACGCAAAGCGAAACACAAACUCAUCGACAUCGAGCGCAUCGUUGAGACGGAGCUAUUGUUGCCCGAAAUCGAGCGCUUACAGGACGAAGUGUUUCGGGACGAUUACGUGAUCGAGGAUGUGGCGCGUGUUCCGAAGUUUUAUGAUGUCACGACGGAACCGGAUGGGGAUGGAAAAUUCGUCCCACUAGAGCCGGUGACGCUAACGACGAAAAAGCAACCACGUGUGACGUAUCCUUCCACCAUCGGUCCUGCUUCGAAGCUCACCACCGUAAGGCCUUCUCCUUCAACGGGCAAUCCCGUCUCCACCGUCAAGGACACUCGGCAAGGACACUCCUCGCUCCAAAGCAACCUCCGUUCCGGAGCGGCCGUGACAUCUCAGGCCAGCACUCAACCGCCCGUCACGACAAUGGCGCCAAUCAGCAGGACGAAUAAAAGCCCAGAGCUUUCAACGACCACAAAAGCGCCCCGUCCGGCCGUAACACCUUUAGUUAGCUCGAUUGACGCGCGUGAAGAUGCUCCAGCCCGAUCGGAAGCAACAACCACGAUCGCUGCGACCAGCACAACCCUCAAGAAGGUGGUCACCACUACCGUGCCAGUGACCACCACCACCAUCGUCCUUUCGAACGUUGAGCAUAAAUCAACGACGACCGUUCCAACGACCACAUCAACCAAACCGGCAUCCGUGCCCAGGGCUGUAGCUUCCUUUAGCUCGAUCGACGUACCACUCACGACAACGACCACCACGACGACAGAGCCCAUCCCGACGACCACCACCGUGGCCUUUAGCAGCAGCAGCAGCAGCAGCAGUACGAUUCCUUCGACUAGCGCUCCGAUAUCGCCUUCCGCUUCCGCUACUAACACUCGCUCCGCUAACAUUGUCGCUUCCGUUCCAUUUGUGAAGGGUGAUGAUGAGGAACAGGCGAGUUCUAGCACCACGAAAAGCAUGUUCGAACCUGCCACCGAGCGGGUACCAGCGCCGCCAUCAUCAACUACAACCCCGACCGGCACCCAGCCAUCGUUUUUCACAACGACCUCCUCAUCAACAACACCACCAUCAGCCCUCGAUCCGUGGGACUCGGGAAUGGACUCGGGAGAGCAAAGUGUGGAGGCGAACCAGCUCGAUGACGUUGACGCACCGUUUGGGAUGAAUCCCGAAACACGCACCAGCACGGCUGGAAGUAGCGUAGAUAGCGAGGAGGAUCUCAGCCAGGCCAACAUCACACCAACCACGUUCGCUAGCGUCCCAUUGACGACGGUCAAACAGGACGAGCUGCUUCCUUUUGCGGCAAACGAUCGCUACCCAUUCGGAAGGCCACAGGAUGAAGAGGAAAACUCCAACGAAGACGAGCAGGAACGUGAGGACGAAGAUCUCGAGACGGACGAGGAGGACUACUUUUCGCAAGGGCCUACAACGCAGCGUUCUGUAUCGAUCGCUACGACACCGAAGCAGAACAACGCCGUCACGCAGAUGGAAGUCGAGUACGACAACUACGACGACGAGUACGAUGAUGAGGAAGAGGAACAGGUGCAGGAGAUGACCACCGCCAGUACGCUGCCCGAUCCGCGUCAACUUCCGUCCAGCACGGAACGAGCGGUACCAACAUCGACCGAGCCUACUACAACUCCAUCAACGACAACAACGGAGCUUACCACACCUAGCACCACAACAACCACGACGGAAGCACCAACUACACCAUCAACAACCACGACAACAACCACAACAACAACGACCACUACCACGACGACUGAACCUUCCACUACGACGUCCACCAUGCCAACAACGGAACUGGACGAACCGACGAAUCUGCCGCCAAUCAUCCGGAACCGUAUUCCGAAGCAAGCGAUCGCCGCCGGAAAGGUGUACCACUAUCAGGUACCACUGGAAACCUUCUACGACAACGAGGACGGCAACAAUCUGGUUCUGGAGUUGCUAGACGCACGUGAUCAACCACUCAAGCACAACUCCUGGAUGCAGUUCAACGUGGACACCAAGGAAAUUUACGGACUGCCCCUUGAAAAGGACGUCUCACAUUGGCCGUACAAGCUGCGUGCCACGGAUUCGGGUAACCUCAGCGUCACGGAGAAGGUGGACGUAAUGGUACAGCAGCACAAAUCCCACCGCAGCUUGAACCACGAGAUUAGCUUGGCCCUGCGGUUGAACCGAAAGUUCGAAAACAACGUCGAUUGGCACAUUGAGCUUGCGCGUACCAUCUCGGUCGUGUUGGGUGACGCGACACCUUCGAACAUCAUCGUGAGCGAUAUUCGCAACAGCAUCCAGGAUCCUAACUUGGCUACGUUCGUGUACAGCAACGAAACGCUGCCGAAGGAUCGUUGCCCGGAGGAGGAACUGGACGCACUGGUGGCGCUGUUGACGGAGCAAGCACUGAACGAUGCCCUCAAUCCGGACAUUACGGUUAAAUCCGUCCAGGGUCAGCAAAUCGCACAGUGCAAAAAGCCGACACUCCCGAAGGCGAAACCGACGCAGAUUAAUGUGCGCAAUUUCGCGCCCCAAACACGCAAUCAGGUUGAUCAGGUUAACGCCACCGUUGGUCAUCUGCUCGUGUUUAAAGUACCGGUGGAUACGUUCUACGAUCCAGAGGAUGGAAACGAGCUGAAGCUGAAACUGCUGACGACUGAACGUCAAACGCUUGAUCCACGCCACUGGCUGCAGUUUGACUCGAAGAACCAGGAGUUCUACGGUGUUCCACGAACGAACGAUAUCGGCCGCAAGGAGUAUCUGCUGAUGGCGGAAGACCGCGAAGGACUAACGGCAACGGACGCGCUGGUGGUUGAUGUUGCUCCACUACACAAGCGCGACUACAGUGUCCUGUUCGAGCUGACGCUGGACAUCCCUCACGAGCAGUUUAACACGGCGCAGGUGCAGCGGCGCUUCAUCGAUCGCCUUGCACAGGUGUUUGGAGAUUCCUCCACGAACUACAUCCGGAUCCACGCCGUCCGCCCGAUCCACCACACCGGUCACGUGCAGGUGUCCUUCUUCAACACCACGCUAGGCCGACCGCACCAGCGCUGCCCGCAGGAAGUGAUCGAAGGGUUGCGUAACAUCCUGCUCCACCAGGACAGCACGAUCCGGGCGAAGGUGCGCGAGAUCCUCGGCCAGGAGUUUAGCCUGCAAAAUGUGAGCCUGGUGCCGCUUGACAGUUGUCACGGGUUUGAUACACCGCAUCACGCCACCAGCGAACCGGAGAAAGCCGACCCGAAACCGAUCUCAAAGGACGACUAUCUGCUCACGUUCGUGCUGCCCACGGUGAUCAUCCUGAUUAUGUUGCUUGUCGCGUUCAUUAUCGCGUGCAUCCUGUACAAGCGCCGGUUGACCGGCAAGAUGGAACUGGAAUAUAUCAAUUUCAAACCUAUCGCCUCCUCCUCGUCCCAUCCACAAGGUACCGACGAAGAGCGAAAGUCGUUCCGCUCCAAGGGCAUCCCGGUGAUCUUCCAGGACGAGCUGGACGAGAAGCCGGAGAUUGGCAACAAGUCGCCGGUGAUACUGAAGGACGAAAAGCCACCGCUAUUGCCACCAUCGUACAGCAGCACCAACAAUGACGGUGAAAACGAGGACGUCGAUGAGUACGUGCCACCGCAACCGGUCAUGCUCGGAGGACGUGAAUCACGCGGAAAGUCCCCGGUUACACCGUCCUACCGACGACCACCGCCGUACGUGUCACCAUAG